GCGAAGGCCCGGUGGCGCGGCUGGCUCGGCGGCCUCGGCGGGGGCUCCGCGCCCCGCCGCUCCGGGGCCGCGGGCGCCCAGAAGCGCCGCGCGGCGGGCCGCGGCGAGCGCGCCCGCCUGGGGCAGAAGGUCUCCGCCGCCGGCGCGGCGGCCGCGGAGACGGGCUCGGCGGUCGCUGCGCCGAGGCACCGCCGGCGCGAGCGCAACGAGGAGCGCCUGGCGGAGCUGCGGCGCCAGGAGGCGCCAAAGCCGGUGCUGCAGGCCUACAGCGAACCCGGCUCGCUCGAAGGCGGGCCGAGCAGGUCAUCACCGUGCCGCUCAACUCCGAGUUUCAGGCCUCGGUCGUCGUGA